AUGCAGGACUAUGCGGUCGAGUUUGAAGGCGCAGCACGCAUGCUCGAGAAGCGCUUAUUGGAUGAGGAGAUGAUGCAUACCUUCAUGAAAGACCUUCCUGUGAAGCUGCAGCAGGCACACAUGUUUGGUGGCAUGACCAAUUGGACGACUUACAAGGAGUCGAAGAAGCAGGUGAUCAAAACGGGCAACAUCAUUCGCACGUACAUAAUUGGUCCCGAAAAGUCAGGCCAGCAACCCCGUGCCGAAGGCUCUGGUGGUUAUGGGAACCAACCACAGAAUGCUACGGGUGGAGGCGGUUGGAACAAGCGGCCUUCCCAGCAGCGUGAUCACCAGCCUAGACUGCAGGCCGAGGGUGCUAACGGCUGGGAAGGGAAUGGCCCUUUUUCAUCAGCUUUUAACGUCAGAGACCUGGGCAUGCCGCGAAGACGUUUUGGACGGAGCUUUGUUUCCGGUGAGACGGAAGAGAUCGACCCAUCGUUGCGGACGACGCUGGAGGGCCUCCCGCCUGACAUCCUCUCUCUCUCCUUCUACCCUGGCCCUCUUGUGUCUCUGCCUCCCCCGAUUCCCUUUCUGCAGGAGCGAGCCGCCUUCUGUAGUGCGUGCCCGUCACACAUCUUCCUAGUACCUUGCCUGUUUGACUUCCCUUCAGGGCGUAUGUACAGGAUCGUGGCUGUUGGCGGUGCCAUACGCAAGCAGCAGAGAGCGGACGGGGGUACAGGGGGGGCAACGGGAUUGGGAGGUGAGGAUCAGGGAGUGAGAGAGGCAGCAGGGGAUGGAACAGGGGGGUUGGGAGGGUUCGGAGAGGGUAGAGAGGGGGAGGGGAGAGGACAUGUGGGUGGAGGGGAGGACACGGGGAGAGAGAUGACAGGAGAGGAGGCACCAAGGGACCAGACAGGGCAACAGCUAGAGCAGCUGCAGGGACCAGACAGGGCAACAGCUAGUGCAGCUGUAGGGACCAGCCAGACGUACAGGCCGUGCAGACAUCUCCUCCCGCAUCCCAGACCUCAUCUUCCGCGAUGUUGGGCAGACUAUGAUGAUGGCUCCUGUGGAUGUCUCUAUAGCGGAUCCACAGCCGGAGGGGAACGUACAACUGAGCAGUCGACGCCCACACAGAUUGGAGUGGCAGCAGCUAGGCAGCCCCCCGAAGGCAGCGGGCGCGGGCGCGGGCUGGGGGUGGGCGGCCGGGCCCCUUGGUGGCGGCGGGCGCGGGGGCGAGUCGAGGGCGGUGGCCGGGCCCCCUCAGGGAAGCGAGCAGUGGGCGCGGACGUGGGCCGGGGCGGGCGACCGGGCCCCCGGCGGGCGGUGGGCGCGGGCGCGAGCCGGGUGCGGGCGACUGGGCCCCGCGGGGGCAACGGGCGCGGGCGCGAGCCGGGGGCGGGCGGCCGGGCCCCCUUAGGGGCGGCGGGCAGUCGGCGCGGGCGUGGGCCGGAGCCGGGCGGCCGGGCCCCCCGGGGGCGGCGGGCGUGGGCGCGGGCCGGGGGUGGCGGGCCGGGCACGAUCCAGGGGCGGGCGACCGGGCCCCUCAGGAGCCGCGGGCGCGGGCGCGGGCCGGAAGCGGGCGGCCGGGCCCCCCGAGGGCGGUGUCUGUGGGCGCGGGCGCGGCCCGGAGGCGGGCGACCGGGCCCUAUAGGGGCGGCAGCCGCGGGCGCGGGCGCGGGCCGGGGGCGGGAGACCACAGGGGCGGGAGGCCACGCGGGCGGUUGUCCUACGCAUUAG